GAUCCCAGCAGGGCAAUCGGUGGCAACAUUUGGGAGUUUCAACCCUGCAAGAUUUGCUGAAUUCCAGCAGAUGAUGUGGAAUUAGAGGUCCAACAACGGGAUUUCUAUACACGUUUCUUAACGGAUUCGAUUACCGAAGUUUCCUACUUAAAUAAAUUAAAAAAAAAAAUCACCUGACGCGAGAAUUAUGUCUGCGUCCGACGAUCAUGGAAACAAAAACACGAACACGGAACCGUGGGGCGGCUUCGAUGAUAACCUAAUUCAGGGUAGCGGCUCAGCCGUGAUCGACAUGGAGAAUAUGGAUGACACAUCAGGCUCCAGCUUUGAAGAUAUGGGCGAGAUGCACCAACGAAUGAAAGAGGAAGAGGAGGUGGCAGCCGAAGCGGCUGCUACAGAGGAAGACACUGAUUAUGGGGAGUUCCUUGGAAUGAAGGGCAUCAAAGGGCAACUGGGGCGGCAAGUGGCAGAUGAGGUUUGGCAAGCAGGAAAGAGGCAAGCAUCAAAAGCCUUCAACCUCUAUGCCAACAUAGACAUCCUCAGACCCUACUUUGAUGUGGAGCCUAUUCAAGUUAGGAACAGGUUGAUUGAGUCAUUGAUUCCUGUACGGAUGAUCAAUUUUCCCCAGAAGAUUGCAGGGGAACUCUAUGGACCUUUGAUGCUAGUGUUCACACUUGUAGCUAUCUUGCUACAUGGAAUGAAGACAUCCGGAACUGUGAUUAGAGAAGGGACAUUGAUGGGCACGGCGAUUGGCACUUGUUUUGGCUACUGGCUGGGUGUCUCAUCUUUCAUCUUCUUCCUGGCCUAUCUGUGCAAUGCCCAGAUUACCAUGCUGCAGAUGUUGUCCUUGCUGGGUUAUGGCCUCUUCAGCCACUGUGUGGUUCUGUUUGUCACAUACAACGUGCACUUCCACUCCCUCUUCUACAUCCUGUGGCUGGUGAUCGGAGGGCUCUCCACACUACGGAUGGUUGCCGCCCUGAUUUCCCGCACUGUGGGUCAGACACCUCGCCUCAUCCUCUGCGGGACCCUGGCCACUCUGCACAUGCUCUUUCUGCUCUACCUCCACUUCACGUACCACAAGAUCGUUGAAGGUAUUCUGGACACCCUGGAAGGACCAAAUGUUCCCCCCAUUCAGAGAGUAGCAAGAGACCUUCCUGAUGUUGCAACCCAUCUGAUGAACAACACAGUGAAAUCGCUUGGGAUUUCCAUGUAAAUGCAGUGAUUGUACAGCCAUUUCUGUGCCUGACAUAGCAGGCCAGGGAAUUUUUAAAAAUGAAAAUUGGAUCACAAAGUAAGUGGUUUACAUACUCUUAGGCCCAAUACAUUGAAGUACAUUGAGACGAUCUGUAAAGGAGCACUUCAGUGCCUUGGAAAUAAAAACUGGUGACUGCUAGGGUUGGUUAUUUGGAUGCAGGUUAAAUUUUAUUCUUGCAUUAAAUUAUUGUCAAUAGGAAUUUUGCAUCAGAAAUCAUUUUUAGUCUAGGACUAAAAUGAAAUUUUAUGAAAUGCUGCUUUAGAACAAGGAAAGACUAGUUAAGUUCUCGCUUGUAACUUUUGUCUUGCCAAGACCACCCUGUGUCUCUUUGGUCCUUGUUUAGUUACGUACAAGUUCAUUAACUUGAAAUGCUCAAGUAGUUGUAAAAAUCUGUUUAAAAGAACUCUUAUUUAUAUUGUUUUCUGUCUGAAUAAAGGGGAAUGGGAUUACAGUGGAAUAUCGGGGGGGGGGGGGGGGUGUCAAAAUUUCUUUAAAAUCCAUACUAUGUAUUGUGUAAUUUUCAUAAAAUGACAAGCUCAGUCCUGCAGUUGGGGAAAAUAUUCAACACUGAAUUGUCUUACAUUUGAGUUUUGUGAAGAUGUCGCAAAGCAAAGAUAAUACUUGUAUAAUUUCUAAGGGGAAAAAAAAAGAAAAAACCUCCGUCUUUUUCUGCUCUCAUAGCCCAAAUGGACUUAAUUGCAGUCUCAUAUAAAAUUUACACUUUUCACAUCCAGACUUUUUCUUUUGUAAGUGUAUAUACAGAUGUAUAUAAAAUGGAAAUAAAGUCUAAAG